UAGCUCUCAAAAUGCGUACUCGAUCCCCAACUCCCUUCCCCGUUGUCAUUUCAACUCCGAAACCCCCAAAUCUCUCUCUCUCUCUCUCUCUCUCUCUCAAACCCUGAGCGUACGUUUCAAUCAAAACCUUCUUCAAUGGCUAAUAGCAAUCUUCCUCGGCGAAUCAUCAAGGAAACGCAGCGUCUCCUCAGCGAACCCGCACCAGGAAUAAGUGCGUCCCCUUCAGAAGAGAAUAUGCGGUAUUUUAAUGUUAUGAUUCUUGGUCCAACACAAUCUCCUUAUGAAGGAGGGGUUUUCAAGCUGGAAUUAUUUUUACCCGAAGAAUAUCCAAUGGCUGCUCCCAAGGUCCGAUUUCUCACUAAAAUCUACCACCCCAACAUUGAUAAGCUUGGAAGGAUAUGCCUUGAUAUUCUUAAAGACAAAUGGAGUCCUGCUCUUCAGAUUCGAACUGUACUCUUGAGCAUUCAAGCUCUGUUAAGUGCUCCAAAUCCUGAUGACCCUCUUUCUGAGAACAUUGCAAAGCAUUGGAAGACCAAUGAGGUUGAAGCUGUUGAAACAGCAAAGGAAUGGACGCGCCUAUAUGCAAGUGGUGCAUAAGGGAACAGUGAAGAUUAGGUUGCCCAAAAAUAACAGAAUAUGCAAUGUAUCCUAUUUUAAUGUUGAAUUUGAAUGGGAAUUUGGAAGAAUCAAUCCAAUGACUUGAAACUGAAUAUUCUCAAAGCUUCCAGCAACUGCUGAUAAGUGUUUCAGGACUUCGGAACUUUAUCUUGGAAAUUGUAUAAUUAGAUAUACAGUUUGUGUCUUCUUACUGAUCUUUGAAUUUGUUGUAUUUUGGGGAUUUGGGGAGUCGAGGAGGGGGGCUUACGCCUACUAGUUUGGUAGAUCUUACGGUUCAAUUUUACACCGAGGGCAAAGCAGGAGCUUUAGAGGGGUUUUGAAAUAUGGAGCUUGACAAAGGUUUAUAUGCAAGCAUGUGACCAAAAUCGAACUCUGUCAAAGCUUUGUUUAACAGAAGCUUCUGGUCCGUUCUUCGCUCA